AACCCAUCCAUCUCCUAUUUUUACUCCUUUUAUUUUUAUUUUCUUUAUAAAAAAAAAAACCAAAACAAAAACUUGGUUAUGGAUCCUGAUGAAAAAGUUAAUGGCUUUUCUGACCCAAAUGGAAUCUUGGCUGAUUCUAAAGAAAAUCAAGAAACAAAAGAUGGAGAAGAUGUUUUGAAUGGUAAUGGAAAAGAAGCAGAAAAUCAAGAUGGGUUGAAUGGUGAAAAUAAGGUUACUGAUGAAAAGGGUGUUGUUGGUAGGAAGAGAAAGAAGGGUAAAAAAAGGAGAGGUUUUGAAAAAGGUUGGUAUAAAAAAAAGAUGUUAAAACAAGAGGAAGAAAGACAGCAAGAUAAUGAUGAUAUGGAUGUUGAUGCUGUUCAAGAUCAAGUUACGGAGGAUGAUGAGGAGGAGGGUAAAAAGGUAAUUACCGAAAAGGAUGGUGAUGAGGGUGAAAAAGAAGAUGAAGGUGUAAACAAGUCUUUAUUAGGCGCUAAAGUAAAGGAAGUAGAAAAGAAAGAGGAUAAAACAGGAGGGGGUAGGCCUAAAAGAGCUAUUAAGAAGGUGGUCAGCUAUUCUGAUGAGGUAUAUGAAUGUCUGGAUGAGAAACUGAGGCCAAAACCGGCUAAAAAUAAGAAAGAUAAAGAUACUGCUGAAAAGAGACCCAAGGUAGUAACCAAUAACAAGGGUGAUAGGCGGCCUAGGUGUGCUGCCAAACAAAUGGUUCCUGAUGAAAAUGGGGAAAUGAAGUACGUGGUAUCUGUUAUGUGCCAUCAAUGUCAAAGGAACGAUAAAGGCGAUGUUGUUUACUGCGGGAAAUGUGGAACGAAACGUUACUGUUACCCUUGUAUGACAAGAUGGUACCCUAAUAUGACACCAGAGAUGUUUGCUGAGUGUUGCCCAGUUUGCCUUGACAACUGUAACUGUAAAGGUUGCUUGCGAGAUGUGCUCCCUAAAGUCAAAGGGAAGAUUAAAUUUGAACCCAGUGCUGAUCAGAAAGUACAAUAUUCUAUUUACAUCCUACAUGUUAUUCUUCCAUUCUUGAAGCGUCUCAACGAGGAUUACUUGAAGGAGAAAUUGAUAGAGUCUAAAAUACAAGGAUCUACCUUAUCUGAUAUACAUUUUAAGAAGGUGAAGUGUCAGCUAGAUGAGCGCAUGUACUGUGACUGCUGUAAAACGUCUAUUUUUGACUUGCAUAGAAGCUGUCCUUCUUGUCACUAUGACCUUUGCCUCCAGUGUUGCUGGGAACUGCGUGAUGGCAACCCUCAGGGGAACAAGGAUGAAGUUCACUAUGAAUUUAAUGAUCCAGGUCGUGAUUAUUAUCAUGGAGGGAAGGACAAAAUGGGAGGUAUUAUUAAGAAGGAUGCAGUUUCAAAACAAGAGACAAGUCAUGAGUGGAAGUCCCUGGAUGAUGGCAGAAUUCCUUGUCCUCCAGAAACUAUGGGUGGUUGUGGCAGUGGAAUCUUGGAGUUGCUGCACUUAAAUUCACCUGACCACGUAUCUGAAUUGCUGGAAAAGUCACAAGAGCUGUUAAAAAAGCACAAAUUGGAGGAUGAUAUGCGAGAGAUGCCCGAGGAGUGGUGCACUUGUUCAGAAUCUUUGAAUAAUAGUGAUGAUGAUGAUAAUCAGUUACGUAAAGCUGCUUCUCGUGAAAAUUCCAAUGAUAAUUACUUGUAUUGUCCGCGUGCGGUGGACGUUAAAGGAGGUGAUUUAAAGCAUUUCCAGUGGCAUUGGUCGAAUGGUCAGCCUGUCAUAGUCAGUAAUGUAUUAGAAACUACUCUUGGUUUAAGCUGGGAGCCCAUGGUUAUGUGGCGUGCUUUUCGCCAGAUUACAAAUGUCAACCAUGACCAGCUGUUGGAUGUGGGUGCUCUCAACUGUUUAGAUUGGUGUGAGGAUGAUGUGAAUGUUCAUCAGUUUUUCAAGUGGUAUACAGAGGGGAUUAAGGAUGAGCAGGGGUGGCCUAAGAUCCUUAAGCUGAAAGACUGGCCUCCAUCAAGUUUAUUUGAAGAACGUUUGCCGCGUCAUGGUGUUGAGUUUAUCAGCUGUUUACCCUUUAAAGAAUACACACAUCCUCGUGAUGGCUACCUUAAUCUUGCUGUUAAGUUUCCUAAGGAUUCUUUAAAGCCAGAUAUGGGUCCUAAAACAUAUAUUGCGUAUGGUAUUGCUCAAGAAUUGGGUCGUGGAGACUCUGUAACUAAACUUCAUUGUGAUAUGUCUGAUGCGGUGAAUGUAUUGACUCACACUGCAACCGUGACUCCUGACUCCGAGACUAUCAAAAAGAUAAAUAUCUUGAAAAAGAAGCACCAUGCUCAGGAUCAGAAGGAACUUUUUGGAUUUGAUGUCAGCAACUUGGAAGACAAAGUCGUAAUCGAAAGAAACACAUGUAAUAUGGAUGCUGUAGAAACAGACAAUCUUUUAUCUGUUUGUAGUGCUAACGCUGGUGGCAAGUCGAUUGAAACAGACUCAACUACUAGUAGUGAAAAUGAAAUUGCAUUGAAGGAUGAAGGAUGUGAAGGAGCUGAAUGUAAAAUUGACAAUCUUGGGAAGAGAAGGUAUUCAUCAAGAGUAAAGCCAAGGCAAAUUUCAAAUGGAGGAAAGAAAACGAAAGAAGAAAAAUCUUCUGGUAAACCCAAUAAAAAAUCUGAUCGCUCAAAGGGUGAAGUCAACGUUAAUGAGCCGACUGAAGAAGUUGCUGAUCAGGGUGGUAGCUGCGUUGACGGUUUUGAUCUGGGAGAGGGAGGUGCUUUGUGGGACAUCUUUAGGAGGGAAGAUACUCCCAAAUUGGAGGAAUAUCUUAAAAAACACUUCAGAGAGUUCAGACAUACUUACUGUCGUCCGGUGGAGCAGGUUAUCCAUCCAAUUCAUGACCAAACUUUUUACUUAACUGUGGAACAUAAAAGGAGGCUUAGAGAAGAGUUUGGAAUUCAACCAUGGACUUUUGUACAAAAGCUUGGAGAUGCUGUCUUUAUACCUGCUGGUUGUGCCCAUCAAGUUCGAAAUUUGAAGUCAUGUAUAAAAGUUGCAUUGGACUUUGUUUCUCCUGAAAAUGUUGAUGAAUGUAUCCGGUUGUCCGAAGAUUUUCGUGUUCUGCCUCAAAAUCACAGGGCAAAAGAAGAUAAGUUGGAGGUGAAGAAAAUUGCACUUCAUGCAGUGAAUGCAGCUAUAAAGGACUUGAAAAAUGCAACACAAACCAAAAAGGAGACUAAAGAUGCGACUGAAUCUGGGAAAAAAAGGAAGCCUGUAAAGAAAGAGGGGAGGCCCAAGAAGAAUAACUAAAUCUAUUAUGCAAUAGGAGGAUGCAAGUGACAAUGGAGCCAGUAUUUUGUGGUGCAUGAUAUGAUUAUAUUUUGUAUUUUAGAGAAGAGAGCCGUAGUAUUGUGGUCGAUUGGAUUAUAACGUUGUAGUACAACCAAACCUUGAAAUGUUUCAAGUUGACUUGAAACUUUUGGUAGACAUUUGGAUUUGGCUCCUUUUUCUUAACCAAUCAUGUCAUGUUUUGGGCUUGGCUCCUUUUUUAUGGAUGACAUUUGGAAAA